UCAAGGAGGUGGACUGUGGUAUGAGGAAAAGCUAGUACAUGAAUAUAUAUAUAUAUAUAUAGUGACCAUAGAUUGUAAAGUCGCCUAUGGAAAUUAAAAGUCCCCUCCUCUUCUGCUUGCUGGUCCUGAUCAUGACUCACUAUCUGGGUGGGGCGAGAGGUGUGAAAUGCAGUCCUCAGCACUCAGAUCAACUAAGUCGGAGCAGUUUUCCUGAUGGAUUUGUAUUUGGAGCGGCGUCCUCGUCGUAUCAGUACGAAGGAGAAGCUUUUGGAGAUGGUAGAAAACCCAGUAUGUGGGACACCUUCACACACAAGCAUCCAGAAAAAAUUGAGGACCACAGUACUGGUGAUGUAGCGAAUGAUUUUUAUCAUCAUUAUAAGGAGGAUAUAAGUCUGAUGAAAGAUAUAGGAUUGGAUGCAUUCAGAUUCUCCAUCUCGUGGCCCAGAGUAUUACCGAGUGGUAAGAUAAGUGCAGGAGUGAACCCACUGGGUGUCAAAUUCUACAAUGAUCUAAUUGACAGCCUCUUAUCCAAAGGUUUGCAACCCUAUGUGACUCUAUUUCACUGGGAUAUUCCACAAGCACUCAUUGAUGAAUAUGGUGGAUUCUUAAGCCAAAAUAUUGUGGAUGAUUUUCGCAACUAUGCAGACUUUUGCUUCAGAACAUUUGGUGAUCGAGUUAAGCAUUGGUUGACAUUGAAUGAACCAUAUCAAUUUACUGUAUUUGGAUAUGCUACUGGUGUGUAUGCACCAGGUCGAUGUUCUAACUACAUUGGAAAUUGCACGUGUGGGAACUCGGCAACCGAACCCUACCUGGUUGGUCACCACCAAAUCUUAUCCCAUGGAGCAACUAUAAAGUUGUACAGAGAAAGAUACAAGGCUUCUCAAAAGGGCCAAAUUGGGGUCACAUUAAAUUCAAAUUGGUUUGUGCCAAUUUCUCAAAAUGUCGCCAAUCGAAAGGCUGCUUUAAGGGCUCUUGAUUUCAUGUUGGGAUGGUUCUUACAUCCAAUGACAUAUGGUGAAUAUCCUAAAAACAUGCUGUCUUUGGUGAAAAAGAGAUUACCAAAAUUCACUAAGACGCAAUCCAAGAUGCUGAGAAAUUCUUAUGAUUUCGCUGGCAUAAAUUACUACACUUCACAUUAUGUUGCUAAUGCCGUGCUUUUAACCGGUGUGAACUUGAGCAUGACAACAGAUUCUCGUGUUAUAUUAUCUAACGAGAAAAAUGGAGUUCCCAUCGGUCAACCGACUGUUUUGAGCUGGCUUUACGUGUAUCCAAAAGGGAUUCGAGAGCUUAUGCUAUAUAUAAAAGACAACUAUGGGAAUCCACCUAUUGUCAUUACAGAAAAUGGGGUUGCAGAUGCAAAUAAUAGCACUUUACCAGUUAAAGAAGCCUUAAAGGAUAACUUGAGGAUAAUGUACCACCAUGACCAUCUAACAUAUCUUUUAAAAGCUAUCAAGUGA